UUUUUCCUGUUCUUUUGUUCUUUCUUUAUUGUGCUAAUUUAAAAAUUCCUCUUUUCUGUUAUCAGUUGCUAGCUGGAGAGUCAAGGAAACUGAGCGCAUGAUCGCCAUAUGCACAGAACUUAGGAAGUUGGGAGCAACUGUUGAAGAAGGACCAGACUACUGCAUAAUCACCCCGCCUGAAAACUUAAAUGUGACCGAAAUUGAUACAUACGACGAUCACAGAAUGGCCAUGGCUUUUUCUCUUGCUGCUUGUGCAGAUGUUCCAGUCACCAUCAACGACCCCGGGUGCACGAGGAAAACUUUCCCGAACUACUUUGAUGUCCUACAGCAGUACUCCAAGCAUUGAAACCGCUUCACUAUGUUGUAGAGUGUAAGUAAGAACAGGUAAAAGAAUUUAGUUCUUGUACAAGACAUGCUAUAACUGGUAUCUGAACCACUCUGGUGUCGACUUUAGGAGGGCAUCGAUCCAAGGCUUCGAACUCUUUAAUUAUUUGUCAAGUGAUGAUGUUCAAUAUUUUUGUUGAAUGUGAGCUUCUUGUUUUUGAAGGAAUGUACACUAAAUAGAGUUAAGGAUAACUAGUAUUGGAGCAGUGUAAGGAGUACUAUUUUGAACAUGGGUGAUUCAGUUGCUCUUUGAGAGUUAUUUUUCCAUGUUACUAAUCAAUUCUAUUGCAUAAUAUUGGUAUGA